CAUACACACACACGGCACACGCAUACAGCGCAACAAUAACAUCGGGCCCCAAAAAAAAGGGAAAAAAAGACGACGGACAAAAACUUCGUCGUGAAUUGUAAAAUAAAAAAAAAAACGCAUUCGAACGCGCUGGUUUGUUUUUUUUUCACGUGUAACUACGCCAAAAAAAGGGCAAAGAAAUUAACCAAAAAAAAGAAGCAGAACUUCGCAGCAGCAACAACAACAGCGCCGCAUAUUUGCUUGUAUGUGCAAGUGCAAGGCAAACAUAAACAACGCGCGUGUGUGUGUGUACCACGAAAAUAUCGUAUUAAUCAAAUGUAUAUAUAAUUUACUUAGUUUUUGUUUUUGCCAUCAUAAUAUGCCAUAAUAUAGCGAUCACCGAAAUCCAAAGGCAAUUCCAACUCUAAGAAGUUAGUUUCAAAUACAUCCACACACAGUUUGGAUCGUGUCCACAAACUCAUAGUAAAAAGACAAAAUAAUUGGACAAAAUAAUAUCAACGAAAAAAAAAACAGCACUGAAUGUUAACCGGUAAAGAUAGCGGUAAAUUGCGAGGGAGAAGGACAACAACAACAACGACUGCAGAGGGGGCAAAAAGCAACAACAAAGUGCAUCUUCCUUCUCCUGCUCCCCAUCCUCUUCCUUAUUUACUGUUAUAAUGGACACCAUCUGUAGGUUGUGCUUCCAAACGGCAACGUUGUUCCAGGUGCCCGGCUAUAGCAUACCCACGUGCGUCCGCUGCUCGGAGCAGUUGACAAAUAAUUCCAACUUCCAUCAGUCGGCGGCGGCCGCUGCCGCCGUCGCUGCCUCUGCCUCGGCCGCAGUCGCCGCCUCCGCAGCAGCGGCGGCCACCUCCUCGUCGACGGCCUCCUCGAGCGACAGCGACGCCAUCGCGCAGCAGCAGCACCAGAACCCGCAGCAGCAGCAUCAGAACUCGCAACAGCAACAACAGCAGCAGCAGCAGCAGCAGCAAAUGCAAUCAUCCAGUUCUUCCGAGAACCUACAGUCGCAGGACGACUCCGAAGACGUGGAUCUGAUAUUCAACGAGGAGGGCUCCUGCCCGCUAUGCAACAAAACGUUCUCGCGCAAAUCCUCGCUCAUGACGCACAUACGAAAUCACUCGGCGGAGCGUAAGUUUGUGUGCACCUACUGCCACAAAGGCUUCACGCAGGCGGCCAACUUGCGGAACCACGAACGCAUCCACACAAACGAUCGGCCAUACCAGUGCGUGGACUGUGGCAAGACCUUCACGCAGAUCACCAAUCUGAACAAUCACCGCCGGCUCCACACCGGAGAACGGCCCUUCGUCUGCAAUGAACCGGAGUGCGGUCGCAGUUUCGCCCAGGUGACGAACCUGAACAACCACAUGAAGUCGCACCACAAGGUGCAGCAGUACUGCUGCAACGUGUGCAACAAGAAGUUCACGCAGGUGACCUCGCUGAACCAGCACCUGCAGGCGCACGCCGGGGUCACCGGCUACUACUGUCCACGGUGUCCGGAGAAGAACUUCAAGCUGCAGUCGCAGCUGCACACGCACAUGAAGACCCACGGCCUGGCCUUUCCGUACGAGUGCGACAAGUGUGACGAGAAGUUCCUGCAGCAGGCCCAUCUCGAUCAGCACCUCAAGAUGCACGACGAGUUCAAGUUCAAGUGCGACAUCUGCCCGAGCAGCUUCAACCAGGAGUCGCUGCUGAAGAAGCACGUGCAGCGCCAUGUCGAGGGUCGCUACCUCUCCUGUCCGGUGGCCAAUUGUGCCGAGUCCUUUGCGGUGCGCCAGCACCUCUCCAAGCACCUGCUCACCAACCACGCCCACCACGAACUGCCGCCUCCGAAGCGCUCCAAGAAGGCGGGCACGCAACAGCCGCUGGCAAUGAUCGGCCAGCCGUUGUCCCUGCAGCACACGACAGGGCAACGUGGACGUCCGCCGAAGAACAAGAACAAGGCGACAACGCUGGCCGCCACGGCCAUCAAGAUCGAGAUCAACGAAUCGCUCCACAGCCAGCAUAUCAGCAAUGUCAGUGGCCUGUCCAUCCAGCAGCAGAUCAACCAGCACAUGCAGCAGCAGGCGGCACAGCAGCAGGCGCAGCAGCAGGCACAACAACAGCAGCAGCAGCAGGCGGCGGCGGCGCAACAGCAACAGGCGCAGCAGCAGCAACUGCUGCAUUUGCCGAUGGGCCAGACGGUCAAGGCGCGUUUCAUACCCACUAAGUAGGCUAGUUAAGGAUGGAAAGAAGGUCUCUUUUAGCUUAAGCCCCCAACGAUCAGCUGCUAAAGUCCCUGAUUAGCAUAGCCAUAGCCAAAGUAGCAUCACAUUCAGCACAUACACACGCAAACUAUGAUAGAUAUGGCGCGGAUGUUUUGGAGUCUCUGCAGAUCUCAAAAUAUUGUUGGGUGUCUGAAGUUGGUGAGACAUACACUCUUAAUACCCGUUUACCAGUGGAGUAAAAGUGUAUACAAAGUGGAUAUAAAGGUAUGCAGCAGGCUGAAGAAAGCGUUGCCUAUCCUUUAUUCUGGAGCAGGAUUGCUGGUCAUGUCCGUCUGUCUGUCUGUGUGUCCGUAUGAACGCCACUAGCUUUUGAGUCCACUAUGGAAAUCAUCAACUUUUCGUGUGUCAGAGAGUGGAUAACCAACAGAAGCCAAUUAUUUUGAAAUCGGCAAAGGACUGCCAAAACAUCCCGAACUUAGAGUCGGCGGCAAGCUGCUGGUUCAGUUUGGUGUCUGUCUCCCACUUCCGGUUUUAAAUUUUGAGCAGCCAAAGCAAUAGAAGAACCAAAUGUCCCCAGAAUAAAUUUACAAGAAAACAGCAGCAAUGCAUGACAUCUAAAAAGGAAAAGCAGCACCAGAUGGACAGACAAAAAAAACACAACUGACUUAUAAUUAUGCACAUAACACCCACAUCUAUAUAUACAUUAUAUUAUAUAAACAUGAGAUCGGGUUGAGAAAUCUGUAACUUAAAUCGAAUUAAAAUUUUAUUGUAAUGCAAAGGCACAGCGAAACGGAAAAUAUAAUGUUGAAAAAUCAGAAAGCAAA